GCGCUCCACUUACGAUCCCGACAAUUCUUGGUGAUAUCUUUGUUUUCAGCGCCCAAUUAGAAUCUGUCUUUGUCGGCUGCAAUUCCUCUCCCAAGCACCGGCUAAGAAAACAAGGCUAGAAAAAGAUCGGUGGAUUGAAAAGCUCGCCAUCUCCUUUCCCCUCUCGCAUCGUCAAUGGGCUCCUCUCUUCUCCCUCUCCUCUUCCUGCUGCUAACCCUCCCUCUAUCCAAUGCCGCCCUCCACAGAGCCAAACUCCUGACCUCAGAGUUAUCUGCAGCACUCCAACCCUCCUUUCCCACCACCUACUUCGAGGUCACCCGACCCAUCCCUCUCCCCAAGACCAAGCCCUGCUCCACCCUCGUCCUCCAGCAUGACUUCGGCUAUACCUACACUCAGCCCCCCGUCACCGCCCUCUACAAGCCCCCAUCCCACUGCCCCCUCGACCGCCCCCCCUCGGCCGUCGUCCUGGAAUGGUCCGCCGCCUGCCGCGGCCGCCAGUUCGACCGCAUCUUCGGCGUCUGGCUCGACGGCGUCGAAAUCCUCCGCAGCUGCACCGCCGAGCCCCGCGCCACCGGCAUCCUCUGGACCGUCAACAAGGACGUCACCCGCUACUCCUCCCUCUUCGCCCAGCCCCGCACUCUCGCCGUCUACCUCGGCAACCUCGUCGACCAGACCUACACCGGCGUCUACCACGUCAACGUAUCCUUCCACUUCUUCUUCGAUUCCUCCGCCUACCACCGCCACCCCGCGGCCGCCAGCCCAGUCCCCGGCUUCGCCUCUCCUGCAGAUCUGAUCUUGCCGGUCUCCCGAAGCCUCCCGCUGAACGACGGCUUGUGGUUUCCGGUCCAGAAUUCCACCAGUAUCCUGUCGAAAGAGCUCGCCAUCCCAAGCAACACCUACCGCGCCGUUCUGGAAGUGUAUGUCUCCUUCCACCAGGGUGACGAGUUCUGGUAUGCCAAUCCGCCCAAUGACUAUUUAUUAGCGAACAAUCUCACCGAUGAUCCCGGGAAUGGGCCAUUUAGAGAGGUCACUGCGAGACUAGACGGCGAGGUCGUUGGUGCUGUCUGGCCCUUUACCGUGAUCUAUACAGGGGGUGUCAAUCCCCUGCUAUGGAGGCCCAUUACAGGCAUUGGCUCCUUUGAUCUCCCCUCCUAUGAUAUAGAGAUUACGCCAUUUUUGGGGAAUAUUUUGGACGGGAAUCCCCAUGAAUUCGGGUUCGGAGUAACCGAUGCUUUGGAUAUUUGGUAUAUUGAUGCAAAUUUGCAUCUUUGGUUGGAUAGCAAGAGCUCACAUACUGUUGGGCAUCUGAUCAAAUACGAAGCUCCAGGGUUCAUGCCAUCUCAGAUUUCGAAAUUUAAGGGGCUUGAUGGGCAAUUCAAGACCACUGCGAGUCGGCAUAUAUCUUCGACUGGGUGGGUAAAUUCCUCUUAUGGGAAGAUCACCACCCAUUUCUUUCAGAGGUUUGAUUAUGAGAAUCAGAUGUUGUUUGCAGGGAAUGGAAGUAUUCAGGUGGUGAACCAGACCAUAGAUUUCAAUUAUGGUACUUAUACCAAGCAUCCAUCUAACACCUUGUAUUCGGAGCAAGUGUAUCUGAACUUUCCUCUUUAUUUGUACACGGGGACUACCGACCAAGGUGAUGACACCUAUUCUUUGGUUUGCAACGUCACUCUAGGAUUCAAUGAGAAAAAGUUCUCGGGAGAGCGGUUUGGUUUCUCCUUAAGCUCUCUAAGGAACUUACAGAAUGGUCAGGGAAAUAUGCGGGUGACGGGGAAUCUGGUGACUAGUGGCUUAGGAAGUACUCGGCAAGUGUACAGAUAUGAGAGUACUGGUGAAUGUUACUACAGGAAUGUGAGCAGCAGUAACUACACUAUUCUGUAUGAUGAAACAGAGAGAUCCUGUGCCAAGGGCUCCCCAUUUGGUGCUGGGCUUUUUGCAACAAGAUGGCCACAUUUUCCAGCCAGGAGAACUUCUCUGGCAGCUGAAGUGCAUAACUUGAAGAAUGGAGAUUAAAUUGUUUCAUUUUUCUGAUUCUUCUAAUGUUCAGUCGAAGGAGUUCUCCCUGAGGUUCUUGUGACAGAAGGCUUUGGAGUUUCUAAUGGCGUCUGGUAUCAAGCAUUUGCCAAGUACUGCUUGUGCAAUAUCUGGCUUGAUUACUGAAUAGUGAAGCUAAGGAAAUCCAAACCUGGAGACAGAGCCCAUCUGGUAUGUCACAUAUGGGAUAGUCAUGAGGACAGCAGUAGAUAGUCCCACUGCAGCACACUGCAUUCUCAUAAGCGCAGCAACCAUAG